AUGGCUCAUGUUAUCCAACACCUGUCCCCAGCCUGCCCGGGCCUUCCCACCAGACUGUGUGUGUUUCCGGCCCUCACUCUGUGUCCCUCUGUCUUUCUCACUCCUAUGUCUGGGUCCACAGAGGAGUUCUUCGUGACUGGCCCCUCGGAUCCCAUUGUGGCAGUGCUGGGCGGAGACACCGUGCUGCCCUGUCAUGUGUUCCCACCCAUAAGUGCAGAAGACAUGGAGCUGAGGUGGUUCCGCUCCAAGUUUUCAGAAGCCGUGUUCAUCUAUCAAAACCGAGUCGAGCGGAAUGAGGAGCAGAUUGCUCGUUACGUAGGGCGGACCUCGCUGGUGAGGGACUUCCUUGCCCAGGGGGAGGCUGCCGUACGCAUCCAGAAGGUCCAGGUCUCAGACAAUGGGCUGUACACCUGCUUCUUCAGAAAGGGAGGCUUCUACGAAGAGGCGAGUUUGGAGCUGAAGGUGGCAGGUGUGGGCUCUGCCCCUCAGGUGCGCAUCACAGGGCCCGAGGAGGAUGGGGUCCGUGUGGUGUGCACGUCCUCAGGGUGGUUCCCGAAGCCCCAGGUGCGGUGGAGAGACCUCAGCGGAGAGAAGUCCCUGGCGUUCUCCGAGACGCACACCCAGGACGCUGAAGGGCUGUUCGGCGUGGAGGUGGCUCUGGUGGUGAGAGACAGCUCUGCAGGGAACGUGACCUGCUCCGUCCUCAACACUGUCCUGGGCCAGGAGAAGGCCAUGGCCAUCUUCAUCCCAGAGCCCUUCUUCCCCCAGGCCUCUCCCUGGAAGCUGGCUUUCUCAGUGAGCCUGUCUGUGCUGAUGGUCCUGCUGCUUGGGGCUGGAUGUUACACCAAGAGAGAACAUUCCAUGAAGUUGCUGGCGAUGCGAGAAAAGGAGCGUCUGCGCCUGGUGAAGGAGCAGCACCGGCGGGCAAAGGAGGAGGUGCUGAAGGACGCAGAUGAACUCCAGGCAGAACUCGACUGGAGGAAGUCGGCUUACCUGGCUGCCUGGAGGAAGGCCCAGCUGUAUGCAGAUUGGCGGAAGGAGAAGUUCCAGGCCUGGCCUGUCACUCUGGAUCCAGGAUCUGCCCAUUCAGACCUUGUCGUCUCUCAUGAAAACACGACUGUGGCCUGGAAGGACACCAGUGUGAACUUAGGAGGCACCUGCAGCGUAUUGGGCUUUGAGAGCAUUACGUCAGGGUGCUGUUACUGGGAGGUGGAGAUCAGGGAUGCAGACCGAAGCGAGUGGGCUCUGGGGGUCUGUAGGGAAAAUGUGAACAGGAACGACUGGUAUGUAGAAUCCCCAGAAAAGGGGUUCUGGGUUGUGGGGCAGUUUGAAGCUGGAUGUUGUGCCCGUACUCUACCUCAGACUCAGCUAUCCCUCAGACAGGUUCCCCGCAGGGUAGGGGUGUUCCUGGACCACAAGGAAGGGGAUGUCUCCUUCUACAACAUGACUGAUGGCUCCCACAUUUUCUCCUUCCCUCGGGCUUCCUUCUCUGGGACCGUCUUUCCAUACUUCAUGAUCAGGUCAGGAGAUGUGUCCCUGACCGUCUGUUCCAAGGAGGGAUGGUCUGAGGGGCACCCUGUGCCCCAUAACAGUUCUUUUCUGGAGGAACCUGUGAGCCUCCCAGGGGAGGGGUUCAGCUUAGGCUCAGGUGCUAAUGCUCCCCCAGUGGCUGAGUCUCCAUUACUCCCCUGCAAACCGGAGGCUGUGUCCCCAUAG